UUUGACAUUGUCAGACACUUGUUAAAGCAGUAACGGAAAUUAGCCCCGUCUGUCUGUUGAGAACCCCACAGUCAUGGACGGUUCUAGCAAAACACCAAUUAAAUAUUGCGAGGGAGUGAAGGAAGAUUUAAAAGCAGGUGAAGCGGCUUCUGUUCAAAGCUCCGGUGAUGGCUGGGGCUCUUGCCUGAGGAACAUACGAGUCUUCAUCCCGCCGGACUACCGGCAUGAGCUGGUUCAACUUUUCAAACUAGCGGGACCAGUGGUCAUUUCCCAGAUGAUGGUGUUUAUGAUCAGCUUCGUCAGCACUGUGUUCUGUGGUCACCUGGGGAAAACUGAACUAGCAGGAGUAGCUUUAUCCAUAGCGGUGGUUAAUGUCACUGGUAUUUCCAUUGGCACUGGUUUGUCGUUAACUUGUGAUACGCUCAUAUCCCAGACGUAUGGGAGCGGUAACCUGAAGCGUGUGGGUGUGAUUCUCCAGAGGGGGAUUCUGAUUCUGCUGCUGGCCUGUUUUCCCUGCUGGGCUAUCCUCAUCAACACUGAAGCUCUCCUGCUCGCUGUCAGACAGAGCUCAGAGGUCGCCAGUCUGGCCCAGCUUUAUGUGAAGAUCUUCAUGCCUGCUCUGCCGGCAGCUUUUAUGUACCAGCUGCAGGGGAGGUAUCUUCAAAAUCAGGGAAUUAUAUGGCCUCAGGUUGUAACUGGAGCCAUUGCAAAUAUCUUCAACGCAGUCAUCAACUACGUCUUCCUAUACCGUCUGGAUUUGGGCGUUGCUGGCUCUGCUGCAGCCAACGCUAUCUCCCAGUAUGUGCUGGCUGUGGUCUUAUUCGUCUACAUCUGCUGGAGGGGUCUGCACAAGGCCACGUGGGGAGGUUGGACAAUGGAAUGCCUGCAGGAGUGGGGUCCCUUCGUCCAGCUGGCCAUCCCCAGUAUGCUCAUGCUUUGUCUUGAGUGGUGGAUGUUUGAAAUAGGAGGAUUCCUGGCCGGAUUGAUUAGUGAAGCUGAGCUGGGCGCUCAGUCCAUAACUUACGAGCUGGCAGUUGUGGCUUACAUGUUCCCGUUAGGAUUCUCUGCUGCUGCCAGCGUACGGGUUGGGAAUGCUCUCGGUGCAGGAAACAUAGAGCAGGCCAAGCUGUCUUGCAAAAUCCCCAUAAUUUGUGCAUUCAUAAUUGCGUGUUUUGUUGGAGCCAUCCUCACUGGAGCCAGAAAUGUCGUUGGAUACAUCUUCACAUCAGAACAAGAAAUUGUACAGAGGGUUGCUGACGUCAUGAUCAUAUUUGGCUUCAUGCAUCUUGCUGAUGCCGUUGCGGCUGUGGCUGGAGGAGUUCUCAGAGGAGCAGGAAAACAGCUGAUUGGUGCUCUGUGUAACCUAGUGGGAUACUACUUCAUUGGUUUCCCUAUUGGUGUGUCCCUAAUGUUUGCAGCAAACAUGGGCAUUGAAGGAAUGUGGACAGGACUUACCAUUUGUGUGUUAAUGCAGUCGAUAUUUUUUGUCACAUUUGUGUACAAACUCGAUUGGAAGAAGGCUGCUGAAGAGGCUCUUGUGAGAGCAGGAGUCCAGAUCAAAGAAGAAAAGGAGAUGGUCGGGAUGGAAAAUACAGACUCAAAUCAGAUCCAGUCCCAGGUCAGCAACGCUGCAUCCAGUUCUGAGAGUGCUGAGGAGGACCACACAUAUCAGGAGGUGCAUAUUUCAGGCCACAAUAAAUCCACUGCCACGACAGUGGGAAAUGUUCUGUCAAUAAAACAGCUGGUCUUACGGCGUGGCCUCACAUUGCUGAUCAUGGUCGUCAUCGUCGUCGUUGGAAUCUUUGCAAGUAACUUCCUCACCAGGCUGCUGAAAUGAGUCGUCCGCUGAUUUAAGGUUGACUGGUGGCUGACAGGAUUGAUAAGGUCUAUUACACAAUAUUUUUAACACUAAAUGACCUUGUAGUGAAAGUUACUGCAGCUGAUGAUCCCACUGAGAAUCAACCUCUGUGCCUGCAGCAUUUAGCCAACAACCCUCUCAUAUACCUGGAGAGUUUCUCUACAGCUGAAUUAAACAAGGGGAUAAGCGUGGAAUAUCUAGCAAAGCAAAGAGGCUGACAUUGUUUUUGAGGAGUAAGCAGUCCAAACCAGUCAACGUAUACCGGUCUGGACAGCAAUAGGAAACUAAGCCUACUCCGGCACAUAGAGGGCGAAAAUUGCUUAAUGCAAAUCAUGAAUUUCUUGAGGUAUGUCAUGUUUGAAUUGAAAAACAAGCAAAGUUAAGUAGCUCAGGUAGAGUUAAAAAAGGGAAAUGUUUUGAAGAUGUUUGUAUUGUAGAGGAACACUUUGAGAAGUUUACACAGUACUUUUGGUACAAUUCAAGUGCACUUAAAUGUAAAUGUAUUUUACAGGUAAACAGGGGAGCAUAGCCAUGUCCUAUCAGUAUCAAACAUUAUUCCUCCUAUUGUGUUUGGGUCAAAACUUUCCCUUUUUUAAGUCUAUAUAUUUCAUAUAUAUUACUUUGCUUGUUUUAUUGUAAAAGGCUUCAAAGAGCUCUAUAAAUACAACAAAACCAAUGGUUAUCAUAUGAUUUGAUUUUGAAGGUCUCGACGUUAUCAAGGAUAACGAUAAAGUUAUGAGGUAAAACACUGUAUUCGGAUUUCUGAGUUUCAUAUAAUGAAUUUAAAAAUAUUGUCAAAUGUUAAGAUGUGCCUAGCACAAUAUGAGGGGUGGGGCAACUGUUCCAAAGGUUUUAUAUAGAGCUGGGGAACGUAGGACCGUUUAUCAGAUACCCAUGUGUGUGUGUGUGUAACAACAAUCGUACUACUUUUAUUUUGUCAUCAAAGUUUUGUUGUUGCAAUACCAAAACAUGCAAAUUCUGAUAUUUUGUUAUUCAGGUUCCUUUUAAGUUACUCUUUGUAUCGUGGUCUGUUGUUUCAGUAUAUACACAAUGUACACGUAACAUAGACGUAGUGUUUUCCUGCCAAAUACAGUUACCAAAGAGAAAAUCAGCAAUACCAACAAAGUUAUGUAAGCAAUACAUUGAGAGUGUUUGCUAUUAUGGGUAGUAUUCUCAUCCUUGUCAUCUCUUGAUCUAGCUAAAAAAUCAUUAAAGGAUUUAUAUAACUGUGUUGUAUGUAUGUGUGUGCUAAGUAGUACCGAACACUAUUGCUCAUUAAAAAGCAGGGUUUCACAGUACAUGAGAGGGUUUGAAAGAAUCCUUUUAACGACUAUAAUCCAGGAGUGCAAGGACGUUCUUAAAUAUCUCACGGAAACUCAUGUUCCAUUGCUUGACCUGAGUCUGAGUUUGGGAGAGAACUGAUUCCAAGUUCUGCGGGAUGAGAUGCUCAGUGUACAGAAAGGUUCCCGUAAAGGCCACUGAUGUCAUGUCUUGUAUUUUUCCUGAAAAUGUGGAGUUUUUACAAAAGACAAAAAAUCUGUCAUGUUGUUAUCAUAGAAAAACAAACAAACAUACAGCUCAAGUGUUACUCGUCAAUUUGUAGCUGUUUUAAAGCUGUUUCUUCCUGUCAAAUGUUGGCAGUUCCUCUGGAUUUGAACUGUUACUUUUACCAGUUAUCUGUCUUCUUAAUUAAACCGUGAUUUUUAGUUGUUUCUUGUUUGGAAAUGACCAUUUCCAGUGCAAAGACUUAAGUCAGAAUCAUAUUUUGAGUAGCUAGUUUGUCAAAAACAGCUUUUCAAAAUAUUUCGCUAAAGUUAUCUAACCUGGCUAAACCUUACCAGAACAAUCGCUCGUGGUGAAACCUGUGGGUGGAACUCAAAAUGUCAAUUAA